AUGCCAGAGCCAGCGAAGUCCACCUCUGCCCCCAAAAAGGGCUCCAAGAAAGCUGUGACAAAGACUCAGAAGAAGGGCGAUAAGAAGCGGCACAAGAGCAGGAAAGAGAGCUACUCCAUCUACGUCUACAAGGUGCUGAAGCAGGUCCACCCCGACACCGGCAUCUCCUCCAAGGCCAUGGGCAUCAUGAACUCCUUCGUCAACGACAUCUUUGAGCGCAUUGCUGGAGAAGCCUCCCGCCUGGCCCAUUACAACAAGCGUUCCACCAUCACUUCCCGGGAAAUUCAGACCGCUGUGCGCCUGCUGCUCCCGGGAGAACUGGCCAAGCACGCCGUCUCGGAGGGCACCAAAGCUGUCACCAAGUACACGAGCUCCAAGUAG